CUGGUGUGUUCUGUUGUUGCGUUUAUCAUCGCUCGGUUUUUUUUUGCUUUUUGCUUUUUGCUUGACUUUAUUUACUUUUCUCUUUUGUUUGCCGGGUGUGCGCGCAUUAGUCUCGGGUCGCACGCGAUUACGAUCGUGAACUUUUUUUUUUGUUUCGUUUGUUGUUGCUGUGUUUUGUGAGCAUCGACAUUAAUUGUUUGUGGAAUUUAUGCGACGGAUGUGUGUAUGCUGUUUGGAUUAGGCGCAACUUCACAGGAAACCGAUUGCGUGAUAGUGUGGAAGUGAAAGAAUUGAUCUAACGCGAGAAAAGUGAACGCGAAGAAAGUGAUCAGUUGAUAUAUAGAAAUUAAGCAAUUCAGUGUGAACCAGAAUAGUUAUUCAAUGUGCAAAGAGGAAUCAUCGAAGAAUUUAGUGUGACGAUAUCAGAGGAUAGUUGGGUGAUCAACGAGGCGAAGCAGUUCUGGAUUAGCAGGCAACAGAUUGUUCACAUCAUCGAGGGAAGCAUUUUUAAUUCUUCUGUCGGAAACCGUGAAAAAUUGGAAGAAAUCGAAGGCACCCGCUGUCGGUCCGGAAUGCCCCGCAUGUAGACUUCCCCCCACCCAGCGUGGUCUCGGAAGAGCCGCAAUGUCAGCAGCGGAAACGAAUCGCUUGAAGGCGCGAACGAAGCAUUUGGGGCUGUGACAAAUCCGCCCCGAGAUCUCGAGCACUUCCAUCACCUCGAGGCAUCGAAUAAUUGAAAAAUUAAAAAAACCCCAAAGUGUAACAUCGAAUCCAAACUGUACCUCCUUUCGUCACACCAUCAGCCGCCGUUCCCAGCCACUAUGUUCGACGACAUUAAGAUGUGUCUGAUGGAUCUGAUCAAGGUGAGCCCCAAGUCAAAGAAGUCACUCAAAGACAUCUCGACCGGCUAUUCGGCGGAUUUUAUGAAGAAGUACAACGACAUCAACAUUAUUCACUUCAACGAGAACAUGUCGAUGGUGAACAAGCUGGACAAUAUUCGUUUCUCGCCCUCGAACUACACCAACCUGUUCAAGGCGAACCCACUGCUGGAGGGCAAACGGAACAAAUCGUUUCGCGACUGGGGCGUGGAAAGCGCUUGUUUUGAAUUUUCCUCGGAUGAUCGCGACACGCUGACGAUGACGAGCUGCUCACAUUAUUCCGCCGCCGAUGAGCGCUAUCACCUUCUGCGGUCGAUUUCGCAGCAGGGCAAUCGGCUUAAGAAGGGGCGGCGUGAUGAUGGAAUGGGUGCCAAUGAUGACGAUGUCGACGAUGACGAUGAUGACGAUGAUGACGACGGUAUCAUUAUACCGCAUUACAGUUUGGAGGAGUGUUUGGGCGGUGGGAUGGCGUCUCAGCUGGAUUCGUUUUGUACGCUUUGCACCUCGUCGUUCAGCUUUAGCAACUGCAAUAACUGCGAGAAGUCCGGCUGCGGCUCGAAAUGUAGCGGAAAUAGCAGCACCACCGGGGAGGCAGAGCUUUCGUGUGUUUGUUCGCUGAAACCGGGGUGA